AUGACCUCCUCCGCCCUUGGCGCGCGCGCAUGCGGCCAGUGGAUCCCUGCUGACGUGUGGGCCCGCCUUUCCGCCUUUGUCCGCGAUGUGCCCGCGCAGCACGCGCUGCGCCUCGUCUGCCCCGCGGCCGCCGCAGGCGUCGCCGACGCCCGCGCCGCCUUCCUGCAAACCUUGCGCAAAACCUUCCGCCUCCGCGCGUACAGCCUCCCCGACUCCCUCGCCGACCGCGUUCUCAUGGUACACCCCAUGGCUGGCGGCGGCGAGGGCCUCGUCCUGUUCGUCGACGAGACCGACAUCGGCUCCGGCGUGGAGAUCGCAUGGCUGCAGAGCGGCUCGCUCAAGUCCAUCGCGCUCGGCUUGGAGGCUGUGCCGGCCAGCGCCGCCACCAACAUUCGCUUUGCCCCGGAUGGUCGCAGCGUCGCUAUGCUGGUCACCCUGGCCCAUGGAACUAUGGUCGAAGAGAACACCGACCCGUUGAAGAGGCUGCGCGGGUGGCCAGUUGUGGAGGACUGCAUUGAGUAUACCCCAUGCGAGGACUGCACAGUUCAGGUAGUCGAUUUUCUGUACCCCGAGCGCGGCCGCUCCCGCGACCUGGUGUUGCACACCUUUUCACAUGUCUUCGUCCCGGAAUAUGGCUUCGAUAUGGUGUGGCGAGGGAGUGCGGGGAAGUCGGACCGGCAGGAACUCGCUUUUGCGGCUAUGCUACACUCGGACGACGGCGCGGCUACGUAUCUUGUCAGAUGGAAGACAUUCCGCAACCCUCGUACCUCCAACUUCAUUUUCAUGGCUUGUAUUGAUGGCGCCUGCAAGGAAAUGUUGUGGGACAAGCGCAAUGCUAUGCUUCGAUCUCCACACACUAUUUGCACCUCGAGGAUUGAGCUAGCGAAGGAUGCUCGGCAUAUCUUCUUUGACACCAUGUCCAAGUUUGGCAUUCUGCGCUUUGACCAGGUUGACAACCCUUCCGUCGCGAAAGUCACCAGAGCAGAUCUAGAUAAUACUCCGAUCUCACCGGUGCUCAGGGCCCCGCCGCUCCCCAAGAUCGCGAGGGGUCGGCAUGAAGCCUGUUGUCAUCGCGAUUCUCCAUCAGGUACGCCCGUGCCCAAGAUGCGCCCUUCGUUUGCUACCUACGGGGAUCAUCAACGCAGGGCGGCGAAAGUACUGAACAAUGCAACGAGAAUAGCCCGCAUGUCGCCUGACGGUAGUCUGCUGUGUUCAGUUAUCGACACCUUUCGCUCAAAUGGUGAGCGCCGGGGGCUGAGGAGCACACGGCUGAAGCACGUCGAGAUGAGAUCAAGCCUCUGUGGUCGUCUACUAUUCAGAAACGUUAUUGUUCGUCAACCUGAUCUGUGCUGCCAGAAACCAGAUAGACUAGAGUUGGAGAAGUCUGGAGAUAUUGCCCAUAACACGCUAAGUUUUUCUGAUGAUUCGUCGCUUUUAGUAGUCUGGGAUGCUUUCCUGACAUCGACAGUGUGUGAAGUGUACCAUACGCUUCCUCUAGUGUUGGACUCCAGGACAGGCGGCACUAUACAAGACUUUGAAGAGCUCUCCUCAGUGCGAUACGAGGGCAUGCAAAUGUCAUCGGACGGGCAGAUUAUUUAUGGAACGCGAAUGGCGGAAGACAGGAUCGUCAUGGAUGCCGUCGACGUCUUGACGGGAAGAGUCCUCAAGACUGUCAAUGUCACAGGUCAAGUACACCGACCACCCGCGUUUUCUGCACACUCUGUUUACCUGAUGCCGAAUCGGUACAUCCAUACGGUGGCGCGAGGACAGCUGGAGGUUUUAUGGGAAUCCUCGAGGGGAUCGGCCGGGUGUGGAUGGAGGCAUGUUGAGGUUGCAGAGCUGAGUGAUACAGACCAGUUCUGAGGUGGAGUCCAGAGGCUUGAGCAGGGUUUUUUUCGCCUGCAACUAGGGCCAGCAACUAGGGCUCACCAUGCAUCAACAACUCACCCCAAUUUUUGAAGGGGGAGUCGCCAAGCCUUAUUGAAGCAGGCAACAGCAAUUAUUUCGCAAUCCCGAGACAAACUCUGUCGUAGCUAGUGCACAUGUUCGAACGUCACAACAAUAUUACUAACUUGCUGCUCCAAUAUACAGCACGACACCUCGCCAACCUAGAGGUAUAUUUAAACUCAACGCGGAACGCAUACUGAAGUACAGCCAUUAAAGCGGUCGUCACACCCCCCAUAUUCGCGUAGACUGCGAAGUCUAUAAA